CUCGUGGGUGGAGUUGAGGUGUGCCAAGGUACAUAAGUAGGCAUUAUGAGCCCUACAGGUUCACACUGAAACUUGGAACACUUUCAUAGCUCUUCAGACAGGUGGGAGAGAAAACAAGCACUAGUCAUGGAGAAGAAUUAUAUUUCAAUGUUCCUGCUGCUUGUUGCUGUUGCCUAUACCCUUGCUAAAGAUUUUGGGGCUAAGGACAAAAAGGACACAAAUGAGUAUAAACCAAAAUUGCCUCAAACUCUCUCCAGAGGUUGGGGUGAUCAGCUGAUCUGGACUCAGACUUAUGAAGAAGCCUUGUUUAGAGCCAAGUCUGGUAACAAACCCAUAUUGAUUAUUCAUCAUUUAGAGGACUGCCCACACAGUCAAGCACUGAAGAAAGUAUUUGCUGCACACAAAGAAAUACAGAAAUUAGCUGAAAAGUUUGUUCUUAUUAAUCUUGUUUAUGAAACAACAGACAAGCAUCUUUCACCUGAUGGCCAGUAUGUCCCUCGAAUUAUGUUUAUUGAUCCUUCCCUGACAGUAAGAGCAGACAUUACUGGAAGAUACUCAAACCGUCUCUAUGCAUAUGAGCCUUCAGAUAUCUCAUUGUUGUAUGCAAAUAUGGAGAAAGCUCUGAAACUGCUGAAGACUGAACUUUAAGGCAAAGAAAUUGAAGAGCCAAGAUGUCUGAUUUCUUUCUCUCCUCUGCUCACUGGCAUCAGUGAAGAAAUUAGCUAGGUGGAUCUUUAGAAGUACACAGCGCUGGUUUAUAUGCAAAACAGUAUGGUUAUAUGUUAACACUUUUGUACUGGGCAGCAUUUUAAGGCCUGAUUACUUUUUUUAAAAAGCAUACAGGUGUAUAGUGUAUGCUCCGACUGUAAAAAAAUAUGAUUUUUAAGAAAAUAAAUCCAUUUUCAGGUGUUUACAAAA